UCGGGUUCAUUCCCUCUUCUCAAAUCAGACACUCAGUUAUGCCUGACCCUCUGAGCAUUGCUGCCGCCGUGACCGGGAUCGCAGCGACAGGCUUCGCCGUCGCCAAUGGGCUUUACACAAUUGCAGAUGGAAUAGGCUCCGCAGGACAAGAAGUCCGAAUCUACGGCGACGAGGUCGGUGCAUUCUCCAAGCUUCUAAUCAGAGUCCGAAGUGAGCUGCUUCAACCAGCCCAUACAUCUUCCGAAGAUACAAGCCUAAUUAAAGACGUCUUGGACAUAUGCGACAGGAUCCUUGCCCCUCUGGAGCGGUUGCAGACGACACUCAGUCCACUUCUGGUCCGUUUUCGCGAGAGUCCGGGGAAGUUGAGGCAGGUUGGAAUCCGGAUCCAUUGGAUUUUUAGCAGGAAGGCGAAAUUGCUUUUUUAUCGAGAGGUGUUGAGAGGGCAGCACAGAGUACUGGAUACCACUCUUGAGUUGAUGAUAUUGAAGGUCAAUAGGGAUAAAUCUCCCCAGAAUGUUUAUAUUUUGCAGAUGUCCUUGGAGCACUCUAUGACCGCCGUGCAUCACUCACUCAAGAGUACCAAUGUGUACCAACUAGGGUACAAUCAGCCGACAGAGUCGAAACAAAUGUUGUUGAUUGAAGAGAGAGAAGACCUGCCUGAAGUGCCCGAGGCUGGGUCUCCUGAUGAUCGGCAGAUUCUCGAAGGCACGGAGGAACGGUCUUUGGCUGACAGCAUCGUGCAAGGACAAGGAGAAAGUGAUCAGAUGACUCUUGUUCUAUCAACUUCGGCGUCAGAGCAGGCCGCUGAACGGCUCGACGAGGAGGAAAUACAGCAGUUGGACGAAAAAGUUGAUCAAGAUCUCAGUUCUCCAUCAUACGAGUCCCACCAAGAGCUCUUGGAAGACAUGCGUUCGGUAUCGCGCAAAGUAUUGAGACGCGCAACAAGAGUAUUGCAAACAAGCCAGAGAGAACUUGAAUUGGAGAAUGAGAGGUUAGCGGGUUCGAUGCCAGAUGAGCCGAUUCAUGCGCUUCCAACUGAAACACCAGCGAGCAUGCCGGCUGUGACAGGAGUUCCAACCAGGGAGGAAGAGGCAAAGCCUCAUAAAAGAGAUCUAUCUCCCGAAGGCGCUGAUGUUCCAGAUAACAUCAUCACCUUGGAAAAUGCAGACGGCGAGUCAUAUGACUUGCCUUAUCUUGAAGUCCGUACCUGGGAGAACAUGUGCAACGUGAUAAACGAGAUCUUUAAAGGGAAAUGGCCAAUUGAACCGGAUCAAUUUGAUUCUGACCGAGAGAAUUUCGUGGCUAUCAAGAAUGGCGAUUUUUUGCUUUACGGUCCAUCUCGCCAGAUUAUUCUUCCCAGAAUGUGGAGCCGCCUUGUGAGGCCGGGGUGGGUGGUGAAGCUCCGAUACAAGCAACCCAGUUUGAACCCUCAGUGGCUGCUUGAGAUGGACGACCGCAAGCGAAAGGAAGAGUAUCUUGCAAUGAAAAUGAGAGAUAUGGAGCAGGAGGCUGAACAAGAGAAGUUCCAUAAGAACCUAGAUGAGAGGAGACGGAAAGAUGCAGAUGAUGAACAGGAAAAGAGACUGGCGAAGAAAAAUGCAGAUGGACCAAAUACCCGAGAUACGUGGGGAGAAGCCGGGAGAUGGAGGCUAUUCAAGAAGUUCAUCAAAGGAGAUUGAGCUAUGACGAAAAGAGACGGGGUGUAAGCUCUUUUGUAAAUGCCGGUGCUGUCUGGAUUCUUCUAAGUCGUGUCUUCGGGAUUAAGAGAUCAGAAUUUGUGGUCUCCACUAUUGCAAGGAUUUAAUAUUCAUCCAGAGUGCGCAUUCAGUUUUCCGCGAUAUCAAGAAAGUCUUCACUAAACUCAAGCGCCCACUUUCAAC